UGGGCGCAGUACUCUCUGUUGCAGACGGUGGUGGAGGCGUGCCAGAAGAAGCGACAGUGCAAGUUCCAGCCAACCGGACGGCCCUACGGCACAGAUCCCUGCCCCGGGACGCCCAAGUACGUCCACGUCGAUUACAAGUGCCGGCCGUAUGAGUUUCGCAGCAAAGUCGCAUGUCAAAGUGAAACAGUGCACCUGCAGUGCAAUCCAAAUGCUCGAAUUGCUGUCUACUCAGCAAGCUUUGGACGCACUGAAUAUGAAAGUAUACAGUGUCCACAGCCACAGGGUGUCCCUGAGGAAACAUGCCUGGUGAGCUAUGCCACAGAAAUUGUCAUGAGAAUGUGUCAUGGAAAACGACGUUGCACACUUCCUGCUGAUUCUGAAACAUUUGGUAAACCCUGCAGAAGUGACUCACGGAUGUAUCUCAAAGUUGUUUAUACAUGUGUUCCCCGGAAAGUUCUGAUGGAAGCCAUUGAGGAAGCAGCUCAGGCAGAUGAAGUAGCAGAUGAUCACGAAGAUGACCUAGAUGCCUAUGACACUGCAGACGAAACAGGUGCCUUUUCUCCAUCUCCGAAUGUCCAAGGAGCAGGUCCUGGGCUCAACGACAGGGGAACAGGAGGUGCAGCACCUGCUAGAGACCCUACAACUCUCUCACCUCAUGCUCCAGUACAUGAUGGAAACAUCAAUCAUUCUGACAUACAAAAGUAUGGUCCAUAUGUAAAACCCCACAUUACAAGCAAAAAGUUCUCCCAUUCUCCCACUGCCCCUGUGGACCCUAUCACCACCAAAGAUAUGCAAGGUGAUGAUGUCUCGGAUGAGAAAGUCCUUGAAAAUACCAACUGCAACAUCACAGUAAAUCUUGAGGACAAAACGAAUGUGAUUGGCUUCAUUUCUGAAUGGAUUAACGCAUACAAUUUCAUCUCACGAAACCAGGAGAAGUUCUACCUGUAUCUUAUCCUAAGUGUAACGGCGGGGCUUGUCCUCUUCCUGGGACUGGUAAUAGGACGGCUUCUGCUACAACGCCGUAGAAGCCAGCGCAAUCCAAAGCCCUCGGCACCACCAACAGAACAGACAUUACCAAAUGGUUUUACAGAUGACCUGAGUGAAGCAGAAAUGGAGACAGCAGUUUCUGGAUCAGACACAGUCCUCGGACUUGUUCCUACCAAAGCUCCAAAUGUGCCAGGUCGAACACCACCUACAAGUGUAUCAGAAGUUGUGCGGUUCGGAGGCAGCAGUGGAAUUCCACGGAGCCUGAACCGUGCCACAAACAGCCAGUAUUACUAUGGCUGACGUGGGCUGGGUGUCCGGGCCCCUGAUGGUCCGGAUGCUCAAGCACAAGGAAGGAUUUGUCCUGGAACUCGCACCUACUGUUUUUAGAACAGUUUGUGCAUGUGUAUUCCAGCAGCAUCUGGCACCAUUUGUGUGCAUUUAAGCAGAGAAAAGGUCAAAAGAAAAUUACUCUUGCUAUGUUUACAAGUCCGCCUAUCCUUACAAUGACAAGUGAUUAAUCCCUGAGACAAUAUAUGUAUAUGUAUAAAUUCAGUGACUUUAUCAAUUUGUCCAAAUUUAUAAUGUCAUCUCUGGGAUUUAAAUAAAUUAAACGAUUGAGACAAAACUUUGUUAUGUGCCUGUUGCAGCUGUGAAAUAGUCUUUAGAAGAAUGGAAGAUUCGUUAUGACUGUUACAGUGUGUGAACACAAGAUAUUCACCUAGUACCUGCUUUUCAAGCAAAGCGGUUCAAGAAGGUUUCAUUAGAUUACUGUAUCCAGAAGAUGCGGUUCAUAUACAAUCAAUGGACACUCCACACUGACUGUGAAUAACUACUGUAAAGUCUAUUUUCUUAAGAUAUAAUAAUCUGCAUGGAGAAAUUAAUGUACUUAUACAUUUGACUGAAUUGACCAUCACUGGUUAUGUCUAAGGAAGUUAAGCAUCAGUGUGUCUCUAAGUACGAUGCAGAAACAGAGAGAUUUUUCAAAAGUUUUGUAUAAUACAAGGAGCAUUCCAUAACAGAAAUGUGUGUUACAUAAAUUUCUUAAAGAUUUAUUCACUUUUGUGUCGAACUACCCAUAUUGGAGCAUUAAUUUGUGCAGUGUGUCUAAUUUUUCAAUUUUAAACAUUAUUGUGAUUUCUGUCAACUUAAUUUUUGUUGCAAGUGUAAUUAGCAGAUUUGUUGGUAAGAAAGUUACUAUUAACAUAUUUUUAAUUCCGUGGUUAUUGAAUUGUCUGAAUCUAUCUAAGAAACACUUUUACUGCAUAUCAUAAGAGUUUAGUGUUUGCUAAAUUCUUAAUAUCUGACUACAUGAAAUCAACAUACAUGAUCACAGAUGAUGUCAAUACCCAGUGAGUUUAAAGUCCACUGAAAUAUGUUCCCUGAGAGUCCAAAAUAUUAAGCCCAAUCAACUGUUCAAGCUGUCAUAUGAGCCCCUUUUUGGUUUAUAAAAUCUAAGUCAUGGACAUAAUGCACUGAAAACACAUUGCAGGAAGGUUUGUUCAGUAUAUGCAGUGAGCUUUUGAGAUGGAGCUUGAUUUAUUUGUUAAGGAAUCACUCUCAUGUUUGCAUAUUUCAAUAAAUGGGGAAAUGUCUACUUCAGACUAGUCAGUGCCUUGGCCCUAUAUCCUUUCAUACAACAGGCCAUAAUGUAAGCAGUUUUGCAUCAAUUGUUUGCCACACACCUAUGCAGUCAACACAUAAUGCAGUGUUAGAUUUCUAAUGCAUUAUGCAUUGUAAUACACAGAUGCAAAUUAGAUGGAGUCAGAGUUAACAAUUUUAUCAAUAAUUAAUUAAAUUAAAGGAAUCUACACCCCUUUAGUUUUCCAAAGGCAUAACCCAUGAACACAAAGCAUGCUGUUGAUGUUAAUAAAUUCCUACAAUGAAUUGGUCUGGUAUAUGUACAUGGCAAGAGUCACAUUAUUAAAAGCAAUACAUUCUGUGUACAUUUUACUAGGGUAGUUAAUCUUUUUAGUACUAAAAAGAUCCCCAUAGAUAGCAGAAUUUGUUUUAAUAGUCACAUUUCCUUCAUUAUCAGAACAUUUCAGCACAUUAUUGUUACUGUUAUUGUAACAACAAGGAUUAAUAAAUUCGGGUAUUUAUAUUAUUUUGACCUAGUCUCUGCCCUUCUACUCUGUACGCCAUUUAUUUUGUAAUAUUUUCUCAGUUACUAUUCCUUGUGUGUGUGUGUGUGUGUGUGUGUGAGAGAGAGAGAGAGAGAGAGAGAGAGAGAGAGAGAAACAAUAAAAAAUAGUUAUCUUAGAAUUAUUACCCAGUACAAAGUAACAUAAUUUGUAUUUUUGAAUACUGUCUCAGAAUUGUAACAAUAUUGACACAGAACAAGUCACUUAUACUUUAGGAAACAUGAGUAAUUAUGAGGAACUACUUUGAUUUUUGUGUCAGCAGAUGAAUGCAGAGAAAAGAACCUAACUCAGUAUACAUUAUACAUUACUUUGACAUACAAUUUUUUUCAUGGAUAAAUAGAUAUACCAAUUCAUUUUAGGCAAGAGAUCAGCUUUUUAUUUCCCUUUAUAUCCUAUUGGUGCAACAUAUUAUUAGUUUCCGUGAUCUGACUUGAUAAUAUGAUUUGGUAUGAAUUGCAUUUGGUUUUUGUUUCAUUUUUCUUUUAUAAGAUGAAAAUUGUCUGGAAACAUAGUUUUAGUGCAACUUUUAUCCUUGCCCCAAUUCAGGUUGGGUGCACAUCCCCUAUGGCAGGAGCCAUUUAAACCAUUUCUGUUAAUUACAUAGAACCUAUAACAUGCACUUAGUAUCAGUGGAAGGAGUUUUCUAGUAAUAUAUCAUGAAUGUGUUUCAUCAGUAAACCUCUGUUUUAUUAUUACACCAAACACUGAUAAUAUUGACAUCUUAUGAAUUAUUUUUUGCACAUGAUGUGCAUGUCAAGUGUUGGUGAAUGAAAAUUUUUUUAUUUAUCAUGAAACUAUGAAUGCCUAGUUAACAAACACCAAUUAUAAAUUCACUACCUAUUCAUUUUUGUGUUUGCAACAGCACUGACAUCAGAAAUCACACACACACACACACACACACACACACACACACACACACACACACACACGCACACACCUGAAAGAUAUGCACAAGUCAUUUUGCACAAAAUUUCUAACUGUCUGUCAAAGCUCAUUGCCUCUCGAUGACUUGGCAUUUUCUGUGGCUCAAAAAAAUUAAAUAUGUUUUAUCAUUCAGUUUUUCUUUUACAGUGUGUAGUACAUCUUUCUUAGUAACAAUGUAGAUCACUCUGCUACUACAAUAAUAAUAAAAAUAAUGAUAAAAAGAAUGCAAGAAACUGAUACUGAAUUCUCACUCUUCUCAUACCUCUCUGUUGGCUAGUCACUUUUAUAGUCAAGUACUGCUAAUACAUUUAGUAAUGGUAUAACACUUCAAUCCUUCAACCCCCAUCACCACCAUCCUACACACACUGUUCAACAAAACACUUUGUGGUUAUAAGAAAUAUUAUGGUGCGUUAUGUUUUCUACAUUAUUUUUCUUUUCAUGUCUUCAGAAACACUUGUGUCUCCAGAAAUACUCUAUUGUCUAAGCCAGUGCACCUAGCACUUCUUGCAGAAAGAAAAACAGGAUAAGAGAUUACUACCAAUAUACUUGUCUCACACAAACAUAAAUGUGUUACAACUAUUUUGGUGUAUUGGAACAUCUAGUGUCUAAGAGAAUUACUUCAAUAUUGAUAGUAAAAGAUGUUAAAGAAUUGAAUGUAAACUAUGGCUCGUUACUGAUCUAGAUGACCUGCUGCUGCAGGAAUAAAAAUAAUAAGAAUUUUGGCCAGAAAUACUGAUUUCUAAUUGUAAAUAUCUCUGGUGUCCAGCCAGGUGGCAGUGACGAAAUUGUGUAAUGUUUCAAUAAGUGUUAUGCUCAUGACCUUGUGGUGAAAUCACUAGGUUAUAGCUAAAUAAACAUAUUGCCAGAAACUAGAGACCUUUUCAACUAGAAGUUGAUAUUUUAGCCAGAAUUGUUAGAGAGUUUCAGUUUUGCCACUUAGAUGGAAACUUGAGAGCUGUUCAGCAGUAUAACCUAAGAAAGUCUACAUUUAAAUACCUGACCCCUCACAAAAAUAAAUAAGCCAGCAACCAGAAAACAAAUCUUGAUAUUUCAGAACGUAUUUCCACAGCAGCAGAUUCAUUACAGGCAUGAGAUCCUAUGGUGUAGUCCACAUUUUCUUCUCCAGCAUCAUCAUAAAUUAGAAAAAGAAGCAGAUUUUUUGUUUCUGUUGUGUUUAAACAUCUUUCUUUCAUUCCCUUUCUGCCUACACUACAUCAGAGAAGUUUUUAAAAACAUGUUCCUUGGUGGAAAAGUGGCACAUUGCUGCUUUAAAGUCAACUUAACAAAUCAGUGCAAUGUAUUACAGCCAGUACUGUUAGAUAGUGUAAUGGUAUUUAUUUCAUGUAUGUGAAAUGAGGGAAGAAUGUGGAACACUGCUUCAUACUACUCAGGCUUGUUUUGUACAUAUUUCACAAGGAAGCAAAUCAUAAUUUUUAUCUGAUGUAAUGGGUAUUCUCAUAAAACAUACUUUUGAAUAAUGAUGAACCAAAGUGUGAAUGAAUUACAACAUAAAUUUUGUAAACCACUUCUGCAUAAAGAUAUGUUGUGUGUAUGUAAGGUUGACAUCAUUUGUAUAUUAUUUUAUUGUCUGUGGACAUCCUUGAUUUGCAUUUCAUCUUGAUGUGUAAUGUAACAUAAUAAAUCUUUUUUUGUAAAUUGAAAAAAAAUAUCAUGGAGGUACAGUUGUAUUAAGAGUAUGUACAUUUUCAUAAUCAUAAAGAGAAAUAAGAAAUCUGUGUGUGUGUGUGUGUGUGUGUGUGUGUUUGGCUGAUGAAGAAUACUUGCUAUCAUCCUGUAAUUACCAUGGACAGAUGGACAGUAACUUAUAUGGAAUCUGAGUUUCUUUUAUACACCUUGUGUAAAUCAAUUUUCAAUAACACUGCAAUCGAGAUUACAUCAUGAUGUUCAUCAAAAUCAAUGUCAUAUUUAGUGUUAUUUUUUUAAAGAUUUCUUUGUACCUAUUAUAUUUGUCAGUAUUCUGUAUUGUGUUUAAAACUUUGGUAAUGUGAAGAAUUCAGAACUGUCCUCACAAACCACAAAAGUAUCUGGUCAGUUGCUCAUCGUGAACUGUAAUAUCUGAUACACAAUGUUCAGGAAUGAAAAUUGCUUAAUGCGACUAGUAUCCUAUGAACAUAUGUGCACAAAAUAGUAUGAUAACCUUUUAUAAUGAAGACAUGAAAUAUUGAUACAGGACUUUGUUUAGAUGUGGAAUAUGGACAUCUCAGGUUGGCAUUUUUUACUAUACACCUGAAUAUCUGAAAGUGCAAUAUCAUUUAUACUAACAAAGACAAAAUUAUUUAAUAUUUGUCUGUAAGACACGUGAUAUGUAAUUAUAUAAAUACAGUUUAAAUUCUA